AUGCAAUUCAUUAAAGAGCAUUCCAGCUUACCAGUGCCCCGAGUUUUUGCGUAUGAGUUUGACGAGAAGAAUUCGGUGGGCGCCGCUUUUAUACUGAUGGAGGUUCUCCCUGGUAGCGUCGCUAUGGACGCCCUAGGCGGCUACGAAGCCCAUCGUGGUGUGAUACCUAAUCAACACCGACAAGACUUUUACCGCUCCGUCGCAAAAUGUCAUUUAACUUCCUUGAGACUCCCAAAAAUUGGGGCGAUUAUCCGUACCCACGAGGGAAAAUAUGAGCUAGGUCCUUUACCAGGACUCGGUGGUCCAUUUGACACAGCAACUGCAUUUCUCGAGGCGUGGGCCGACAGCGUUAAGUUUAAGUGGGAUAAAGAGACAAUCACACACAUGAUGCAGAGAGGUCCAAUCACAGCGGAACAAAUGCUAGCGAUUAUCGAGAACUUCCCAUCACAGAUCAAAUCGAUAGCCAGCCAGCUAUCCUUAUGUGACGAAGGGCCUUUUCCUCUCGCCCAUGAUGACUUUCUUCAUAGUAACAUCAUGGUGGACGACAAAAACUUCGAUGUGACGGGAAUCAUUGAUUGGGGAGGAGCUUGUACGGCGCCUAUCGAGCUUCUUGCAUUCCCGGAAUUCCUUACGGCUAUGCCCAUCUCCUUCGAUCUACCUCAAAAGUACGACCAGGAUGGGCAGCCCUUCGAUGAGGAACUACGAGAAUUAUGGCGUGAGCGAGGAGAGUAUAUCGAAAUGGUAAAAUCAGCCGAGCUCAGCGAUAGCCUGCUCUCAAAGUGCCUCGGCAGUAAGAGGGCUCAGGCCAUAGCUUAUUCGUAUGGUGCGUAUACGUGUGUUGGAAAGCUAGGUUUCUAUGAUCGAGUCAUGAGGUUUUUGAAGAGGGAGGAAGAGAGCUUAGAUAAUUGA